ACACACUUCAUGUUUCGGCCGAUACGCUCCAGUUUACAGUCAAAUCUGACACCGCAUGGCUAACUGGAUAUCAUUGGUAAAAUUGUUCUCUUGAGACUGGAGGAUUAUUAAGGGGAAAGGGGGUCAUGAAUAUCCGUGGAUAAUGUGAUUUGUCUGUCUACUUUGGAACUGGAAGCUUUGACGUCAUGUCCGAAAGGGCUGCAGGAGACUCGGACAGUGACUUCGAUACUAUAGACAUCACUGAGUAUAGUCAACGGAGCAAGAAACUAAAGAACUCAAAAUCAGCAUGGACGAACGAAGUGCCGAAAACUUUACGAGAGGAAAUAGAGGUGGCAGAGGCGGAGGCGUCGUUCUACCAGGGAAUUCUCGACGUCAUCAUAGCACACCUUGACCCCAACAUUGAGACUGAAGACGUCGAGAGGAUCGUGCUGCCACCUAGGGUACCCAGUGACGUCAGAAAGAAGCUACGGAAAUACAGAGUCGAGGCAAAGAACAUUGUAGAAUUUAUUGACGAUAAAAUCGGGGACGAAAGUGAUGAUGAUAAGGGGAAUGAGGAUGAAAAAGCUGAAGCUACCUUCUUAACGACACUCAUAGAAAAGCUUUGUGUAGCUGUGAAACAAGACAGCAUAUCGUCGAAGUUUAAGUUACCUCGCGUUCCAGUUGUAGAGGCAGAGAGAAAGGACAGGCUGAAGGACUACAGGAAAGAUGGGAUCGAAAUCGUCGAAUGUCUGAAAAGGUUAAAAAUUCACAAGAUAGAUAAAGUCGCUCAGACGGACUUUCCCGAGAAAGAGAGAGAGGUUACACAGACUAGAGUUACGGAGUACAUUGAGUCAAAGUCCACACAAAAUGUUCCCCAAACAAAGAAGAUAAGGACACGAGCAAGACAGACCCAAACAGACUUUGACGACCACACUUUGGGGAAAGCAACGGUGAUGAAUACAGCUGGUGAGCCACAUGUUCGUCCACCGUCCUACAGUACUGUGAUAACGAACUAUGACGUAACACAAGAAGGUUUAGCUGUAGCUAGGCCAGGGCAAGCUCAAAAUUCUGACUUUUUAAAAACUGUGAGAGGUCAGCAGGACUUACUACAACAGCAAGAUCCGAGUAAUCAACCACGCCAACAUAACCAACAGUUUGGACAACAACAACAACAACAACAACGUAUAUCUAACGUUGUCCAUGAUAACGUACACAACCAACAUCCUGAUGAUAGCCACGCUAUGAGGACUGAGGGUGGAAAUGGUGAAAGUGACCAACUCAGUUAUAACAGUCGUACGAGAGGAGGUGCAUCACCAAAUCCAGGUGCUGAACAGACACACAGGUCUGAAAGCAAUUCCGACUUUUAUAGACAUUUCACACAAAAUGGCGGAGCCCUUCCACAGAAACCUACAGAUAAGUCAAGCGAAGAUUAUAUAAAUAUGAUGGAAGCCCACAUUCUCAGAUUGUCAUGUCAGGUAUCGAUGUUAGAAAGCCAGCUCCAUGACUCCCAAAGGUCCCUUGUAGUGACAGCGUACGCCAACGAUGAUGUUCUUGACAGAGUAAGCAAUACCAUUCAGUCAAGUGACCAAAGAAUGACAGGUGAUGAUGUUCAGCCCGUAAUAAGGGAAAUGUCAGAUCUCGCCGACAAACAUCGACCUAUCAAGAUUGCGGACAACUUUGCCAAGCUAUACGACCGAGAGUGGAUAGACGUCUUCCGGUUUGAAACAACGGAUAUGAAGAAAUCGGAACCUAAUGCAAUCGCCGAUAUUUUGGAGAUAAUUCAGAGCGUAUACCAAAUGUGUAUAAGACUUACACAGGAGCAGAUCGAGGACUGGCAGGUACAGAUCCAGACCAGCAGGCGGUCAGAGCUACCAGAGUUCCUCCGGGAUAUCCGUAAAUUGAAGGACGAUGCUUUAUUCACAUCUUUGAGAAAAAUUCAAAUCGGAAUGGCGGAAGAUUCGAUACCAAACAUAAGACAAGAAAUUGCCUCCAACGAAGCUUUCACAUCGUUUUACGGCCCUGAGCUAGCCAGCUGUGAGCGGUUCGUGUUCGCGUGUGUUGACGUGUGCUGGCUGAUGUCAGUGAGGGAACCUCCCAUGUUUCUCGACUUCACGUGUAAAAACGGGUCAAAGUUCAACAAGGAAGUAUACUCAUUCUACACAAAGACAGGCAAUAAGGUGAACUACCUCGUUUGGCCCCCUAUCUACAUAUACGAAAAUGGACAACUCCUUCACAAAGGAGUAGUCCAGCCACAAUAAACAUUCUUCCAUACUUAAUGACAUUUGUUUUUGACAUAACACAUGUAUAUGACACAGUGGAAUUUAUUCCAUAUCAUGUGGAAAUCUUAAUAUUCCACAACAGUAUUGUAUUAGGAAUGUAUUUCUUUCUAUGAGUUUAACGUUUUUGCGAACAGCGAAGGCUAUACAUGUAUGUACCACAUGAUGGAUAAUGAAAUAUAUGUGAUUAUGUACUUCUGAUCCGUCCAAAUUAUAUUUAUUGAUAUUAGUCAUAGGCAUCAGCUAAUUUUGCAUAAUAUAUCAUAAACAGCUUAUACCUCUACUUUUAUGUGAUGUACUGUCAGUAACUAUAGCGUCAUCUGACCUUAGGAUGUGGUGAUAAAAGGAUUUAGUAUAAUGUCUCAUCUCUAUACUUCUAUAACGACGGUAACCAUGAUGUUAUCCGAUAUCCUGUACCAGUGUCCAAAUAUAACGUCGGCAUACAAUAUAUUCUGCUUACAGCUAUUCUUACGUAAAGUCGGUAUAUAAUUGUAUUCCGUCUCUAACUAUCCCUAUAUAACGUCGGUAUAUAAUUGUAUUCCAUCUCUAUCUAUCCCUAUAUAACGUCGGUAUAUAAUAAUAUUCAGUCUCUAUCUAUCCCUAUAUAACGUCGGUAUAUAAUUGUAUUCCGUCUCUAUCUAUCCCUAUAUAACGUCGGUAUAAAAUUGUGUUCCGUCUCUAUCUAUCCCUAUAUUACCUCGGUAUAUAAUUGUGUUCCGUCUCUAUCUAUCCCUAUAUAACAUCGGUAUAUAAUUGUAUUCCGUCUCUAUCCCUAUAUAACGUCGGUAUAUAAUAAUAUUCAGUCUCUAUCUAUCCCUAUAUAACGUCGGUAUAUAAUUGUAUUCCGUCUCUAUCUAUCCCUAUAUAACGUCGGUAUAUAAUUGUAUUCCGUCUCUAUCUAUCCCUAUAUAACGUCGGUAUAUAAUUGUAUUCCGUCUCUAUCUAUCCCUAUAUAACGUCGGUAUAUAAUUGUAUUCUGUCUCUAUCUAUCCCUAUAGAACGUCGGUAUAUAAUUGUUUUCCAUCUCUAUUUAUCCCUAUAUAAUGUCGGUAUAUAAUUGUAUUCCGUCUCUAUCUAUCCCUAUAUAACGUCGGUAUAUAAUUGUGUUCCGUCUCUAUCUAUCCCUAUAUAACGUCGGUAUAUAAUAAUAUUCAGUCUCUAUCUAUCCCUAUAUAACGUCGGUAUAUAAUUGUAUUCCGUCUCUAUCUAUCCCUAUAUAAUGUCGGUGUAUAAUUGUAUUCCGUCUCUAUCUAUCCCUAUGUAACGUCGGUAUAUAAUUGUGUUCCGUCUCUAUCUAUCCCUAUAUUACCUCGGUAUAUAAUUGUAUUCCGUCUCUAUCUAUCCCUAUAUAACGUCGGUAUAUAAUUGUGUUCCGUCUCUAUCUAUCCCUAUAUAACGUCGGUAUAUAAUUGUAUUCCGUCUCUAUCUAUCCCUAUAUAACAUCGGUAUAUAAUUGUAUUCCGUCUCUAUCUAUCCCUAUAUAACGUCGGUAUAUAAUUGUGU